CUAUUUCUUAAUGUAUUAACUUAACGUAAAGUAGGUAAACAUCGCCAGUACACUACUGGUUGGCUAAUCGUUAGAUAACGCUUCAUUGCUACAGUACAGUACCAGUAACUAGCUAAAUGGCUAACUUAAGCAAGACAUUGACUGGAGGUCUCGGUGGUGUCGUUUAUUUUAUGGUCCCCACGUUUCCUUUUUGUUCGAUUUUACGAUUUAGCCAGCUAACGUUAACAGAUUAGUUAAGUAGCCAACGUUAGUUAGCUAAUCGUCAUUGAAAGGAGUUGACUUAACAUUAUUUUGGUAGCUAAAAUUUGCUAGUUAACCAUGGAUUAGCUAUCGACCAUGGAUACCAAACCGUUAGUUGACCUUAGUUACAGAAUUGUACAGUAGUUAGUUAGUUAGCUAGAUGUAUAUCCUCAACCUGCUUAUAGUUUGGUGGUUAUCGAUUACUUGCUAACUAGAAAGGUUUAGCGAAAUGCCAUUGUGUCGUGAUGUAACUGAUGUUAGAUAACGCUAACUCACUGUGUGGUCAUUGGUAUUAAAUCAGCUGUACAGGGAAUGGCAUUUUCUGAAAGUUAUUUGGAAAUAUACUCCACUCAUUUGACUAGUAUGAAACACCCGGAUUUACUAUCUCAACUCAAUGAAGUCAGCUAUUUUUCAUUAUUGUUUGGAAAGUAUAGUAUUGUAAUUUUUGAUGUGUUUAUUCAGUGUCCCUAAAUAAUUAUUGUGUUUGGAGGUGUUCCAGGCAUAAGUAUGCAACACAUCAGUAUUUUCGGAAAAUUACCGCCGGGAGUUCAAACAAUGACAUCAGUGGUUGAAUGAGCCUGGAGAUCAAUCUAAAAAGGAAAGCAGCUUGAAGAAUUCAGACGCAACACAGACAUUGGGAUUUCUGCAUCCCUGGUGUCAUUGUCUACUCCUAACAAAAAGUGAUGACCUCACAGCAGCAUCCCAUUCCCAAUGCAAACGUUAGCCCUCCCCUCCUCGCCCCCCAGAACUCGUAUGCUCAUCACGGCAGGCCCCACAUUCAUCCAAACCAGCUGGGCUCUACUCAGAGUAGUGCGACAGGGCAACCUGUUCCACACAGAGGUCUGAUGGGCGGUGUGGGGUCCUCAUCCUUGGGGACCCCUAGUGGAGGUGCACUGAACAGGAGCACGUCAGCUUCCUGCACUAACCCUGCUUCCUCUAGGAAGCCCUCGUCGGGGCGCUUCGAACCCUGGCCAGAGGAGGCCGUAGACAAUGCUUAUGGAUUGUACUCACUUCACCGCAUGUUCGACAUUGUGGGAGCCCAGCUCACACAUCGCGACGUGCGUGUGCUCUCCUUCCUGUUUGUGGACGUCAUCGACGAGUACGAGCGUGGAGGCAUCAGGAGCGGCCGGGACUUCCUGCUGGCUCUGGAGCGCCAGGGGCGCUGUGAUGAGACCAACUUUAGACACGUCCUACAGCUGCUUCGCAUUAUCACACGGCAUGACCUGCUGCCCUACGUCACGCUCAGGAAAAGACAGACUGUGUGCCCAGACCCAGUGGAUAAGUACCUGGAAGAGACAUCGGUGCGUUAUGUGUCUCCAAGGGGAGGUGGUGAAAGCAGAGAGGCUGCACCCCACAGAAGAACUGGCCCCCAGCCAGUGAUCUGCUGUUCUCCAUCAGGACCCCAGGUGGGCCCGCCCCGCACUAAGCCAGGCCCUCCAUUACCCAGCCGCAAGAGAAAGAGAGCCCACGUCACAGGAGAUUGCAGGGAGAAGCAAACCUGUGACAUCCGCUUACGAGUGCGCGCUGAGUACUGCCAGCAUGAAUCAGCGCUUCAGGGAAAUGUCUUCUCCAACAAGCAAGAGGCCCUGGAGAGGCAGUUUGAGAGGUUCAACCAGGCAAACACUAUCCUCAAGUCCCGGGACCUGGGCUCCAUAAUCUGUGACAUCAAAUUCUCCGAGCUCACCUACUUGGAUGCUUUCUGGCGGGACUACAUCAAUGGUUCCCUGCUGGAGGCCCUGAAAGGUGUCUUCAUCACAGACUCACUGAAACAGGCGGUCGGUCAUGAGGCCAUUAAACUGCUUGUCAAUGUGGAUGAGGAGGACUACCAGGCCGGCCGCCGCAAGCUGCUCCGGAACCUGGUCACAGGAGGCGGGGCUGGCGCUGCAGUUGCACCCGGAGGGAGCAGAGAGAUUCUACCCUCAUAGAAACGCAUGUGUUUAGUUGCUUUUAGCAGAAGGGGGCAAACCGUGUCCCACAUAACUGAGAACUUGACUUUAUGUUGUGGACAGGGGCAAGGGGAAGGCAAGUGAUGGUCUGUUUGAGGAAGGACAAGGAGGGGGAAUGCUGGGUUCCCUGCUCUUUCAUCUUUGGACCUAGGAAAUGUUGAUUAAACAUUUGGUCAGGGCGAUGUGAGGAACUCAGACAGAAGAAAAGGUUUGAAUGUUGAAGGUUUAGUUUUUCUUUUUUUGCUGAAAAGACAAUGCUAAAAUUUUCUAUUGUAACUUGUGAAUUGACUAUACAGACUAUACAAUCUGAUGUAACAUUUAUUUUGGUAUCACACUGUUCUUUGUCAUAAUGUUUUCUUGAAAUGGCCCCUAGCUCACUUGCAACACAUGGAUAUAAACAAACAAGUCCCUAUUUGGCGACUUAGGGUUGGUUUCACAGACGGAGAUUAAGCCUAGUCUAGGACUAAAAGAUCACGUUUAAUAAAAUCCAUUGAGCUUUUUUUUUUUUUGUCCUAGACUAGGCUUCAUCUGUGUCUGCGAAACCGACCUUAGUAUUUUGUUUAUUACUAGAGGUCAAUACGCCAGAGACAUUGUCACACAGUUAUUUGGUUGUAAAUAAAUAAUUGUUGGAUAAUAA